CACUAAUUAUUUGAUUAUUUGCACAAUUUUGCCAUCCGCUGGAACUUCAAGAGGACGGUUUGGCCUCCUUCAGUUUGUCGACCUCACAACUCCCAUCAACAGUACCUACGUCACAUCACGAAAAAUCAGACAAGAUGGCGCGUCGUCCCGCUCGUUGCUACCGAUACUGCAAGAACAAGCCGUAUCCCAAAUCCCGAUUCAACCGUGGUGUACCGGACCCCAAGAUCCGCAUCUUCGAUCUCGGCCGAAAGAAGGCGAACGUCGAUGACUUCCCUCUCUGCAUCCACAUGGUCUCCAAUGAAUACGAACAGCUGAGCUCAGAGGCUCUCGAAGCCGCCCGUAUCUGCGCCAACAAGUACCUCGUCAAGCAAGCCGGAAAGGAAGGUUUCCAUCUACGUGUCCGCGCUCACCCCUUCCACGUCGUCCGUAUCAACAAGAUGUUGUCAUGCGCUGGUGCCGAUAGACUGCAAACCGGUAUGCGUGGUGCUUGGGGCAAGCCCAACGGCUCCGUUGCCCGUGUCAACAUUGGCCAGAUUCUCCUCAGCGUCCGCACUCGUGACUCUAACCGUGCUAUCGCUCUCGAGGCUCUCCGCCGAUCUAUGUACAAGUUCCCUGGCCGACAAAAGAUCAUCAUCUCCAAGAACUGGGGUUUCACUUCUCUCCGUCGUGAGGAGUACCUUGAGAAGAAGGCUGCUGGCCACCUCUUGCCUGACGGUGCCUACGUUCAGUUCCUGAGCAACAAGGGCAAGCUAGCGAACAACAUUAAACGGUUCCCCGACGCUUUCUCUGCUGAGGCUUAGAGGAUUCACUUUGUUAUGUUGUUGUCAAGCAAACUUGGGAUGAGAGGGCUGGCGUCAUUCGGUUACCAUAGUACUGUGCCAUAGCAGUCAACAGGGAUCUUGCAUUUACACCAUAUCUACUCUCAGUUUCUGCUAACUAACGUGAAAUGUCUGAUUAAGCUGGUAGU